UCGUUCAAAAUUCCAACCAGAUACGCAUGCGCCAGAUGUCCUGCGAUCUCAAUCUGGAAAUACUGCUCUAUUUGCCAGAAGAAUCAAGCUGUUUUAGAGCUGAAAUGCCGAAGUCAAAAGAAUAUGUAUCUGAUACGGACAGUAGCAGCGAAGAAGUAUUAUUUUAAUAAAAAAAGCAAAAGAGAACCAGAGAUGAAGAUAAGCCAACAAAAGAUGAGAAGAAACCGACAAAGAAAGCAAAAACAGAGGAUGAAGAAACUAUCUGGGAUUUGGGCAACAAUCGUCAAGUGAAUGUGAGAAACUUCAAAGGCAAAUAUUAUGUUGAUAUCCGAGAAAUGUAUUAUGAUAAGGAUGGUGAUCUGAAACCUGGAAAGAAAGGAAUAUGUUUAACCAUGCAACAAUGGCGAAAAUUCAUGGAUGUUGUGGAAGAUGUGGAUAAAGUGGCAAAGUCAAAAUCUUAAUUCCAAUUCUUAUGAAUUUUGAUUUAAAUGUAUUUUAUAUUCAUAACUUUUCCAACGUUAAGUUUUAAAAAUAUGUAAUCAUACCAUAUUUUUUUUCUAAGUAUCAGAUUACAAUUCUGUGAAACUCAAGACAUGAAAUGUAAAAGUGUAUUGUUUAGUAGUUAUAUUUUUAUUUAUGAAAAUUACAUUUAUUAAUUUGUAAUAAAAAAUUAAUUUGCUAUUCUGCUUUUAUAUAAAAAAUAAAUGGUAAAAUCCUGUAAAUUAAUAAUAUUGUAUUUGGUUCGUAUUAUAAAGUUUCAUGCAUUUUUCAAAAUUAUUUAUAUCACACAUCUGUUGUGUACUAAAAUGUCAUCGUAACAAUUUUUAAUUUUUGUGUAAUACUAUAUAGUGUUACAUACAAUGUAUAACUUCAAGUAUUUCGACAUUUGUCAAAAAAACAGUUCCUUUUGAGUUAUUGUUAUAUUAAAUAAAAAUAAAAUUCAAUAUUGAAUUUUAUGUUGUUUAAUGUUGUCUAUCACAGUACCAUUAAAAAUUUGUGAUUUUCAUAUUG